GCAAAGAAGCGGAGAAAGCAUUCGACGCACGGCUCCGGUCAAUGCCAUCAGCAUCCUCGAGAAUGGCAUUCCUCAUCGCGCUCCUUACCUCGAGUAUUGUCGUUUGACUUGAUGCCUCAAUCCACCAAUUCUUCCUUCUCCUCCACUGUGGAAGCGUCGCCGCCCAUCAUCUCCGUAACAUGGACGGCAUCCAAAGUCGAUGGCAGUCACGUGCUCCGUCUCCUUCCGACAGUGUCGCGGUGCCACUAUAUAUUACGUCCAAGGGAGGUGGGGAGCUCAGGCGAGUCUCACCUCGAAGUAUCUCGGAGAUCCUCCCAUGGCCGCCGUAGCGCCCAGCAAAUUGGCGUCUCUUCCCCCCAGUCUCACUGCCGCAUCGGAGCCACCUGCCCUCUUCGAUGGCACCACCAGGUUGUACGUAGCGUACGUUUGCCCAUUUGCACAGCGUCCCUGGAUUGCUAGAAAUUACAAGGGAUUGCAGGAAAAGAUCGAAUUGGUACCUGUUGAUCUACUCAACAGGCCAGCAUGGUACAAGGACAAACUCUACUCUGCAAACAAGGUACCUUCUUUGGAGCAUAAUAAUGAGGUCAGGGGAGAGAGUCUGGACUUGAUAAAGUAUAUUGAUGCUCAUUUUGAAGGGCCUGCACUGAAACCUGAUGAUCCUGCAAAGCAGCAGUUUGCAGAAGAGUUAUUGUCAUACAGUGAUUCCUUCAAUAUGGUUAUGUUUAAAGCAACGGCCGCUAAGGGGGAUGUCAGUGGUGAACUUGAUGCUGCCUAUGACAAAAUAGAGGAUGCUCUAUCAAAGUUCAGUGAUGGGCCUUUCUUCCUUGGGCAAUUCAGCCUGGUGGACAUUGCAUAUGCUCCAUUUGUUGAGAGGUUCCAGACUCUCUUGCUGGAUGUGAAGAACUAUGACAUCCUCAAGGGCAGACCCAAACUGGCAUUGUGGAUUGAGGAGCUGAACAAGAUCGAGGCUUACGCGCAAACCCGAAUUGAUCCUCAAGAGCUGAUGUCCGCAACCAAGAAACGGUUUGGGUUGGCAUGAAGAAUAUGUCUUCCAGUUUCAGAUCAAGCAGUAAUAAAACCAUCAGCAGCCUUUGUAAUAAAAAUGGGACUUUCUUGUGUUAAUGUUGUGUUACCAAUGUGUGAUUGACAUCCAUGUAUUCUUCAAACAUUUCAAAGCAAUCAAGAUUGUGCUUAUGUGCUUCUA